CAGGCCGAGCCAGCGCCAGUCUCGCCUACAUGACGCCGCCUUACACACUCUCACACAGCUGAUCUCAGGAGCGGCUGCUGCUGCUGCUGCUGCUGCUGUUCGGGUUACGGAGCGAGAAGCUGCACGGCGGGUGACAGAAUAGAGCAAAUGCAAGAAGACAAAAGAGAAAAAGACAUCUAAGGGACAGAAGAGGGAAGGACGAAAGUGAAGUUUUUAAAGGAGUCAAGAGGACGACGUGAGGCUUUUUGAGGAGAUGGCAGGUACAGAGUCAUGAAAAACUUGCGCACAGAAUUGUCUCUCAAUGACUGGAACCGUUUCCAACAGAACUUGAAGGGGAGCGGUAAAGUUGGAGGUCAGUGGCAGUGACACGAGAAAAUGAAAUCUGGAAUGAUUUAGGAAAAUUGAUGUACAUCGAAGGCCUGCUUUGCUGGAAAAGAAAGUCUCCAUGGACGCUUUUAUUUUUGUUACACACGACAGAUUCUUGUCUGUUUUCAAGCGAGUGAAGACCCAGUAUUAACUCAAAUCACCUCAACUGGACUUUGAUCUGUAAACUGGACUGGUUCGCUAAAACUGUUGACAUGAUUCAUAACACACUGAAGUCCACCCAGCCGUCGGAGCGCAGUCCAAGGAGCACACACUCGGCCGCUCAGAGGAGGCUGUGGAGAUACUCGGGCUGCAGAGGGGCCGGCCAGGUGGAGAGUCACCGACGCAGUGUGUGUGUGCUGGCUGCAGACCUGAACGGUGGAGAAGGAGUUGGAGGAAGAGGAGGAGGUGGAGGAGGUGUGAUGCACACUAUCCACGGGCUGUGCCACCUCUGCAUUGGAUGUAGGCUGCCUCAGGUGACUAUCCUUCGAGGAAAGGAUGGAUAUGGCUUCACCAUCUGCUCAGACUCCCCUGUGAGGGUGCAGGCUGUCGAUCCAGGGGGUCCGGCGGAUCAGGCAGGUCUGCAGCAGUUGGACACUCUCCUGCAGCUAAACGGUCAGCCGGUGGAGCAGUGGAAAUGUGUGGACCUAGCCCACGCUAUCAGAAACAGCUCUAAUGAAAUCACAGUGGUGGUCUGGCGCACAGGCCCCUCAGCUAAGCCUAAUUUCGAGGGCCUCAUCCACCGACCCUCCUACAAGCCCUCCACCUCAAACUACGAUGCCCCCUCACCACCUGCUCGCAGGCGUGUGCCAGACCCUGGCACCAGCAAAACCCCCCCAGCCGUGCCGCCUCUCCCAGCCCACCACCGUGCCACCGCCGCCCGCCGCCUGCUCGUCAACGGCUCAGACGCUGGAAACAGCAGCGGCGUAGGCUUAGGGACCCUCGGGUGGGGGGCUCAGGGAGGCUCGGCGGAGGAGCUGGACGGGAAGCCGCGACACCUCCACCACCCUCACACUGCCACGCUGAAGGGCACCAGGGUGAAGGCGUCCAACGGGGACAACUACAUCAUUCUGGCCCCCAUCAACCCCGGAAGCCAGAUCUUACGGCCUGUUUAUCAAGACAACCAGGGUACAUUAGCUGCCCGGGUGUACCCCUCACGGCAGGCCUCUGGUCAACAGCCUCAGGGUGGUGGUGGGGCUGCUUUCUCUGGAGGAGGUGGAGGUGCUGGUGGUGGUGGCGGUGGUAGUGGCGGCGGUGGUCUAGGACUCUCUAAUCGCACAGGAUUCCUACGGCGGUCUAACAACUCCAAGACAACCAAGAGCUCCACCUCCACAAAUGCUAGUGCACAAAACUUCCAACAGCAGAACUCCAACUUUGCCAACUACCAAAACUGUACCAUUGUGCGCUCGCACACUUCACACACCAACUAUGGAUACGUCAAAGUGGCUCCUAAGAUACUUAUCUUCCCCAUCUUUGUUCAGCCUCUGGACCUGUGCAGCCGAGCUCUCAUCAUAUCUGAGGAGAUGAUUCUACAUGAGAGCAAGCACCACUCUCUUAAGGUAACAGUAUUUGUGUACAGUGACCUGAUGCUGGUGACCAGAGAAGACGAGCCUGGCAGGUGUAACGUCCUUCAAAGUCCCCUGUACCUGCGACAGCUGAGGCUCCAGGAUGACUACUCUGAAGAGCUGAGAUUCUACCUUAUACACAUGACAGAGAAGUGUGACUGCCUGCUCAGCCUGGAAGCCUAUUCAGCAGACCAGAAGCGCCGCGUGUGUCAGUGCCUGAAGGACAACAUUGACAAGCAGCUCCAGCUUCACAGAAGGGAGCUUCCCAUUCAACAUUUUGAACAGAUGUUGGAGCCUAAAGUGGAUGCCUCUUCAUGUGAGCUGGCCGGAGUAGCGGGAGACAGAGGAGGCGUGUGCCUCCACCUGCCUCCCCGAAGCUCCGAGGGUGAGGAGAGCAGCCUGUACCCCUCCAGUCCCUCAGAGCCCCCGACCAUCGGCAGUCCUCACCCGUCAGAGCCUCUCACCCCACUGGAUGACAUCUACAUGCCGCUCGGGGGUCUGUCGGGGUCCGAGGAGCGACAUAAGGUGCCUCCCACACCGCCUCCUUCCACUGAGGGGGAGGAUUGCAAGAGCAUGGAGGGGAACGAGAUGGAGAUCUGGAGAGAGAUGAAGGAUUUGGAGAGCAGGAGAGAGGAAGAUGAGGAUGAGGAGGAGGAUGGAACAAGCAGGAAGAGUCCAGGAAGUGAGGGGGAAGAGAAAGAAGAGGAGGAUGGAGAGAGGAAUGAGGAGGAGGCUAACAUAAACCUGGUGGUGUCAAACACAGAUGAAGACAACGCCUCCGAGCCACCUGACACCAACGCUCCACCUUCCUCCUCCUCAUCCUCGUUCGUCAUCCCUGAGUUGCGGCUUGAUCGCUCCUUCAGCGCCGAUGCCCUCUCCUCCCCUAACACCGACGAUGAAGAUUACGAUGAAGAUGAAGAUGAAGACGAGGAGUCCGAAGAGGAUGAGGAGGAGGAAGACGACAGCGACGACGCCUACCUGCAGCGAAGCGACAGCAAGAGGCGCAGCAUGGUGGAGGGAGCCACCUGUGAGAAACACGGAGGAGGCGGACUCAGUGUGCAGAACUCCCUCCGCCGGCGCACACACAGCGAGGGGAGCCUCCUGCAGGACCCCCGCACGCCAUGUUUUACCUCUGACAACGCCAUCAACUGCCUGGAGGCGGGGGGAGGACAUCACAAGGGGGGGUGGACGCUCCCGUCACCUAAAACCCUGAAGAAAGAGCUGACCAAGAACGGAGGCUCCAUGCACCAGCUGUGUAUGCUGUUCUCUGGGAGGAAGCUGAGCUCCGGAUCCCCCUGUAGCUGUGACGUUGGCUCUGACGGGACAAAGAAGAAGAAAUCCAAGAACCUGGCCAAAGACAUGAAGAAUCGGCUGGCAUUCCUGCGGAGGAGGAAUGAAUCCCCAGGAAGCAACCCAGCCGGCAAGUUAGACAAAUCCAUGAAGUCAGUCAAGCCCAGCCCGGAGGAAGCGCUCAAAUGGGGGGACUCUCUUGACAAGCUGCUGGCACACAAAUAUGGUCUGGCAGCCUUCAGAGCUUUUCUGCGCACGGAGUUCAGCGAGGAGAAUCUGGAAUUCUGGCUAGCCUGCGAGGAAUACAAGAAGAUCAAGUCGCAGUCCAAGAUGGCGUCGAAAGCCAAGAAAAUCUUUGCAGAAUACAUCGCCAUCCAGUCGUGUAAAGAGGUAAAUCUGGACUCGUACACCAGAGAUCACACGAAGGACAACCUGCAGAAUGUGACGCGCUCCUGCUUUGACCUUGCGCAGAGGCGGAUAUACGGGCUGAUGGAGAAGGACUCAUACCCCCGCUUCCUGCGCUCAGAACUCUACUCGGACUUAAUCAACCAAAAAAAGCAGAGCUCCACUCCGACUUCCUCUUCAUCAUAAGAGACCAGAAAAAGAAAUGAAGAUGAAGAGAGGAGAAAACAAAAAAAAGAGGGCAGACUUGAAAAAAAGUUGACUGUUUUGGUUUUUUAGGGGGAUUGGAGGUUCUGUGUUUGCCUUUUUUUCUUCCUUUUUUUUAAUUUACUUUUUUUGUGUCUUGUCCUCGUGUCCACUUUGAUUUCUUUUUAUAUGAUAGUGUGAGGAGGACGCGGAGAAAAAAAAAAAAGAAGCUAUGGCACUGCAAAGGAAUGUCGUUUACACAGUUACCAGGUGGAUGGAUGAAUGAGUGGAUUCAUGAAUGGAUGGAUGGAUGUUACUAUAAAUACAGCAGCCCGAAAAAGAGCGGGCUGGAGCAGGAGCUGGACGCUUGUCUGAUCACUGUCUCGUUUCCUUUUUCUUUCCUUUUUUUUUUCGGUAUCAGUGUUUUGGUCGUGUUUAUACGUUUUGUCCAGUUGUACUGGAGAAAAGGAGGGGUUGCUCAGAAAUCCCUGCAGACAAGAAGACAGUCCGGUACUGUUUCGUCACUUUUUCCCUCUUUUAUUUCCUCUCCUAAUCCCCUCCUUUCCUCCACCUCGUUCUCUAUGAAACCACUUCAAAGCUGUUGGUACGACACCAAGUCCUAUUUUUCUUCCUGUAGUUUUUCUCUGUAUGAUGGAGGGAGGGGGAAACAAGAUGUCUGAAUGAAAGCUAGCGCUACUGCUCUGUUUUACACCUCUACCCCUCACAAAGCUUCUAUAAACGGCUUUCAGCUCAUCCCCAAGACUGGAAAAAAAAAGAGACACAGUGAGCAUUCGACGAGUACAAAGACGGAGACAGCGACGAGCAAAGAACACAAAAGUAUCAACGAGGACGCAUGAUGGACCGUGAUGGAGCACAGAUGUGUGUCACUCUCACAUCAAAAGACAUUAAAAAGUCAUUUUCAAAGCCAGUAAUGGAAGAGAAAAAAAAGACGACUUGCUUUCUGUCUCCAAAGAGUGUUUACAACAAGGAGCGACAACCACAGAAGAAGAAGAUGAAUGAAAUGUUCCAUGCAGCCAAACAACAUUUUCCUUUAACAUUGUAGCUCAUUGUGGAUUAACGGAGGAAGCAUUCUCAGGACAUUGCUAUGAGUUUAUCUUCUCAGCUGUUUCUGAUUUUCUACACACUCUCACUGUUUUUAUAUGCGUUAGGGUUCCUCUCUGCACUCCCUAGUUCUACUGAGCAAUACACCAGAAGUUGCUCUCUUCAUAGAAAUUGCUUCACGUUGUACAAAAGUUUGCCUAUUUAUUUAGAUUAAACGGCUGGAUGCUUCGACAGACACCCUCACCUCCUCUUAAGCACUCAGCUAAAAGCUCUCUCACUUUUCCUCUUAACCACCACACAGGUCCAGUGCUGUCCUGAAAUUUAAGUGCAAUAUUUUUUUUAUCUUAUUUUAUUAUUAUGUUUGUUCAUUUAUUUGGAUAAUGUUGAAUUUUUAUGGGAAAGACGAACAGCUUGAGCUCUGUAUUAACUUUAUUUGUUAAGAAACAAAAAAAAAACGUAGAGCUAUAAGGUUGACUUACAACGCAAACUUUCAAGAAACAUAAGUAGUUUAAUGAAUUUUAAGCAAGUGAUUCUAACUGUGUGUUAAACCCUCGGCAGCAGGCAGCCGGGGGGCAUUAUGGUUGUAAAUAUAAUUCUUUAAGAAAACUAUGUGAUGACACAUUAAAAAGAAACAAAAACAAAAAACCAAUAGGUCUCUGCUGGUGAUGAAUGUGGGACCCAGCUGUAUCUAUGUAUAUAUGAGACUCAAAACUAUAAGAUGACAUGUAUUGUUAAAAAACAAACAAUAGGUGAGCAAAGAGCCGGUCCAAUCUGCUCGUUUCCCCUGGUCAUACACUGCUUGUAAGGAGUUUCUGAAAUGCAUUUUAUCAUUUUCACUGUUUACAAUUCAAAAUGCAUCUCUCCUCUGAUAGCAAGUGAAAACAGUAGAGUACAUUUGGUGUCAUUGCUAAUGAUAAAUAAACCAACCAACUGAUGAAGUAA